GGGGAAGGGAAACGGAGCCAGAGGUGACAGGGAGUGGCCGCAGCCCCAUAAAAGCCAGGGAGCCCCUUCCGUGGCAGAGACCAGAGAGGUAGAGCUGAGCCGCCAUGGCCACGCCUGUCCUCCUGGUCAUCCCCUUCCUGUGCACCACGGCCCUGGCUGCCGACACCUGUCCAGAGGUGACGCUGCUGGGCCUGGAGGGCUCCGAGAAGCUCAGCAUCCUCCGAGGCUGCCCGGGGCUGCCCGGAGCCCCCGGGCCCAAGGGAGAGGCAGGCACCCAUGGAGGGAGAGGAGAACCAGGUCCCGCCGGAGCCCCUGGGAAGGCAGGACCCCCCGGGCCCAAAGGAGACCGCGGGGAGAAGGGGCAGCGCGGGGAGAAAGGGGAUGCUGCCCAGACUCAGUCGUGUGCCACAGGCCCUCGGAACUGCCAGGAGCUGCUCAGCCAGGGCCACGUCCUGAGCGGCUGGCACACCGUCUACCUGCCCGACUGCAGGCCCCUGCCCGUGCUCUGCGACAUGGACACGGACGGCGGGGGCUGGACCGUUUUCCAGCGCAGGGUGGACGGCUCCGUGGACUUCUACCGGGACUGGGCGGCGUACAAGCGGGGCUUCGGCAGCCGGCUGGGGGAGUUCUGGCUGGGGAACGACAACAUCCACAGCCUGACCGCUCAGGGCACCAGCGAGCUCCGCGUGGACCUGGUGGACUUCGAAGGCACGCGCCACUUCGCCAAGUACAGCUCGUUCAAGGUGGAGAGUGAGGCGGAGAAGUACAAGCUGGUCCUGGGCGCCUUCGUGGAGGGCAGCGCAGGCGAUUCUCUGACAUACCACAACAACUUCCCCUUCUCCACCAAAGACCAAGACAACGACAGUGUUGGUGAAAACUGCGCUGUGCAGUACCAAGGAGCCUGGUGGCAUGACUCUUGUCACUUGUCAAACCUAAACGGUCUCUACCUCGGGGGGUCUCACGGGAGCUUUGCCAACGGCAUCAACUGGAAGACGGGGAAAGGGUACAACUACAGCUACAAGGUGUCGGAGAUGAAGGUGCGGCUCACCAGCGCGGGACUCUGACCAGGAGGUCCCCAACAGGCUGGCCGGAGGGGGGCGGAUCCCUGAGCCCUCUAAAGGAAGGACACCUGGGAUCUUGGCCACUGUCAUGGUGGGAGUGAAAGGGCUUCAACUCGUUGCUGUGGGCUGCGACCCGCAGAGUUCUGUGCAUUCCCCCGUCCCCAGGGCCACUGUCGCGCCGGACCUCGCGGCAACACGCUACCAAUAAAGACAAACGUGGGACACCUU